AUGGCUCGAAAUCCUUCCAUGAAGGAGGACUUGUUCACCUACACCUUGAUUGGGAUGGGCUUCCUUGAGUUCUUGGCCAUUGUGGUGAUUCUGAUUGCUGGCCUCUUGCUGUACUCCGAAUGA